CUUUCGUAGACGCUCCAUCCAUGAUUCGCAAGUCUUUUUCUUUAUUUUGUGUUGCUUCCGAGAUGAAAACAUCCAGUACAAACUGCGGAUUUUUUUGGAUUUUGGCGGCGGCUGCGUCAUCAUUUGUAGCCCCGCCCCCAGAAUCAACCCCCGGAAGAGAUUUCAAAACAACCAUGUGUUGCGUGGACAGAAAGAUUAGCCUGCAGCAUGGUUAGCCCAACCCGGAUUACAACAGGAUGUGUUAAGGCUCCUGGACUCUCCUGACUGAUGGGUGUGAACAAAGACACUUCUCAUCUGACUGACUGUGCGUCUGCAGGAGAACUUCUUCGACUGCAGCCCAGACUUCAAGACAAUCAACAUGGACCCGUCCUACCAGAAGCACUUUACGGUUGCAGACUAUGUGAUAUUUGCAGUCCUGCUUGCUGCAUCGAUGGGCAUCGGGCUAUACCAUGCUCUUUCAGGCGGACGUCAGCGCACCACCCAGGAGUUCUUGAUGGCAGACAGGAGCAUGAGGUGUCUCCCUGUUUCCCUGUCGCUCAUCGCCUCAUUCCAGUCUGCGGUGGCGAUCAUAGGCGUACCAGCAGAAAUCUACACUCACGGUACUCAGUACUGGUUUAUCGGCUGCGCCUAUAUUCUGGGCCUCCUCAUUCCUGCUCAUAUAUUCAUUCCUGUGUUGUACAGACUGCGGCUUUCCAGCACGUACCAGUAUCUUGAAAUGCGCUUCAGCAAAGCAGUGCGCAUCUGUGGGACUUUGACCUUCAUCUUUCAGACAGUUAUCUAUAUGGGACUCUGUGUGUAUACCCCUGCCUUUGCACUAAAUGCAGUUACUGGAUUUGAAUUAUGGGGAGCAGUGCUGGCCACCGGCCUAGUGUGCACAUUGUACACAACAAUGGGUGGUUUGAAGGCUGUCAUCUGGACAGACGUCUUCCAGACCGUUGUGAUGUUCGCAGGGCAGUUGGCUGUCAUCGUGGUGGGAGUGCAGCAGGCUGGAGGAGUGUCUGAGGUCUGGAGGAAAGUCAGGGAAGGAAACCGCAUCUCUGCUCUCGACCUUAACCCAGAUCCUACCGAGAGACACACCUUCUGGACUCUAGGAGUUGGGGGAAUCUUUCUCAUGCUGUCUCUGUACGGAGUGAACCAGGCUCAGGUCCAAAGAUAUCUCAGCGCGCGCACAGAGAAAGAGGCUGUCAGGUCUUGCUACAUGGUAUUUCCUUCCCUGCAGUUGGCUCUGGCUCUAAGUUGUGUCAUGGGACUGGUCAUGUUUGCACGUUACUGUGGAGAGGAUCACUCUGACAAGCUGGGCACCUCUUCAAAGGAUGCAAUGGUGAUAUACUUUGUGAUGGACAUGCUGCAAGGUCUGCCUGGACUACCUGGACUGUUUAUCGCGUGUUUGUUCAGUGCAGCUCUCAGCACCAUCUCUUCUGCUUUCAACUCUUUGGCCACUGUAACAAUGGAAGACCUCAUCAAACCACAUUUCCCCACCAUGACCGAGGCAAGAGCAACCCUGCUGUCCAAAGCCUUAGCUAUGUCAUAUGGGCUGCUGUGUCUGGCCAUGGCCUAUCUCACACACCUAAUGGGGGAUUCAGUUCUACAGGUGGCUUUGAAGAUCUUUGGGAUGGUUGGUGGUCCUAUUCUUGGUCUGUUUUGUCUCGGGAUGUUCUUCCCGUGGGCCAACUCCACCGGAGCGUUGGCAGGUCUGGGGACCGGUCUGGCUUUGGCUUUUUGGGUUGGCAUCGGGAGCAUCGUCACUCGUAGCGCCAGCACAAGACCGUUGCCGCCCUGCAGAGCCGCCCUGCUGUCAGACAACACGACCACUGCCAUUCAUGCCGCGCUCCUUAAUGUUACUCUGAGCCGACCCUCUGGACUGAAGAGAUUUUAUUCAUUGUCCUACAUGUGGUACAGUGCAUUCAGCUGCUUCAUCGUCAUUCUAAUAGGCCUGAUCAUCAGCUUCCUCACAGGCCCUAUGAAAGAAGAAGAUGUAGCACCAGGCACACUCUAUCCCUUGUUAGGGAAACUGCUUUGCUUUCUACCGGAACACCUCAGAAAGAAGCUCUGCUGCGUGACUCCUCUGGGACACACGCUCUCAGCACAACAAAGGCCUUCACAAAACAAAGAAUCCAAUGGGCUGGCCUUCCCACGAGAGGACAAACCAUCCCAGACAGAGACGGACACAUUUUUUCCUGAGACUCAUACACCUCUUGUGGAGCAUGAAACAACUGUGUGAUAUCACAGUAGUUUCAUGUCUGGCUGGAAAGUCUGUACACUUAGCACUUGGACUCAAACAAUAUGGAUUUUGUAUUUCUCUUUUUAUUGCCUUUGCUGUGUGAUGAACGAUGUCAUUUGCAUUGUCAAAUGCUGCAAUGCCGCAACAAGGUCAAAGCUGAAUAAUGUCCAGUCGACACAGGGUUGUUUAAAGAAGAGUUUUAAUUUUACAGAAACAAGUUUCAUUUAUGCAGUAUUUUAAAGUGUAUGAGUUAUGUUUAUAUUUGGGUUAAGGCAAUACCCCAGUUCCACAAACACCAUGUAAACACCUUGUCCAACCUUAGAAUCAGAGUUCUCAUAACACAGUAAACAGACCUAAAUAACCGCUUCUGUAACUGGGGAAUGUUUUGCAUGUAUACAACUUAACGAGGGUAAGAUCUGGUUGCACGUCUGCAGAUGCUCCGUAGGUUCCCUCGACGAGUUGUAAAGAAAAUUAGAACAAGUAGGUCUGCUUAGUUCUUUUGGGGACGGAUUGUAGAGUUGUUACAGAGAAUGUGUCCAGCAUUUUCUCAUCAGAUAAACAAUCACUCACAUUCACACACCAAAUUGUAUUUUUUUUAUUUUUAAACUGUAGGCUAAGUCUGAUGUAUCUCAUAUCCUAGCCCUGCUUCCUUUGAGUGGCUUUGUCACUUGUCAGGCCGCCGUUGGAAAUGAUUUGCCUGUGUAAAAAACAACAACAAUUAAUUGGGAACACAUGCCCAUUUCAUACUCCUCUCCAUCAUCAUCAUCAUCCUCAUCCUCAUCCUCCUCUCACACUAUCCCCUCCAACCUCCCUAUAAUCUUUUUUCAGAGCUACCUUGUCCUCUCUGGGCUCAGACUUUUCCCAGGGAACAGUGAACGUAGCGCACAUCAGGUCAAACGUGUGGCCGAGCCCAGGCUCCUGCAGUAGCAGUUAGCGGUGGGGAAACAAAUGAUUUGCGUAUGUAUCGUAAUUUUUUGUGUGUGUUUUACAAUCGAUUAUUUUCCCCAGAAUCAAUAUUUAUUUAUAUAUAUUUUUUACCCUUGUUUGUCAGUACCGCUCCGGCUACUACAUCAUAUCCGUUUCCAGCAAAACGGAGCGAAAACACGUUGUAUGCUUCUUUACAAAUGAAAUGUCUGACUGUCUGACUGACUGACAUGUGAUGUGUAUUCUUUUUAGAAAACAAUUUAGAUUUUUAUGUAACUUUUGUUUUUGUUAAAGUAGGAAAAGAAGAUCACAAGAAUACUGUCGAAUCAACUUCCAGAAUCGCAAUAAAUUGAAAUCGAAUCAAUGUUAGAAAAUGCCAACUAGAAAUGUUUUAUACCGAUAUACAUUCUAUACUUGACUACUGUUUAACACUACUGCAGCUGUAUGAGAUGACCUGUGUGAGAUGGUAGUGCCUCACUUUUUAAGGAUGUAUGUGUGAAUUUUGUCUGUAUUGCAGCUGAAAUACUGAAUACUUUUUUUUAAAGGAUUAAAGAUGAUGUACAGCUCC